AUGGUUGACUUGAAACCAAACCAGUUGGUUUAUGCGUAUCAUGGUCCUCUCAUAUAUGAAGCAAAAAUAAUAAAAAUGAAAAAUGCAAAGGAUUCAUUCAUAUUGAACGGUGAUUUGCAACAGGAGACCUUGGAACAGAAUCACAAAUUCAGUGCUAAAAAAUGGGAUAAUGUCACGUGUUACUUGUUGCAUUAUCAAGGGUGGAACCUGAAAUGGGAUGAAUGGGUAGGGAUCGACAGGAUACUAGAAAUCAACGACGAAAACAAGUUUAAGAAACAAGAAUUGGAACAAUUGACAAAGAAGAAACGAGUCAAGAGAGAAUCUUCGACUGGUCCAACAGAAUCGGCGAGCAAAAACAACAACAACGGAAACAAGAAAACAAAAUUAAACAGUGCAGGUUCGUCAUCGUCGUCGUCGUCCAAUAAUUCAACUUCUCAAUCAAAAGCAACAAAAAAGAGCAUAAGUAUCAACCUUUCGUUUCCUCCUGAAUUGAAAUAUCUUUUAGUUAACGAUUGGCAGUAUAUCACCAAGGAUAAGAAACUAGUGGACUUACCAAGUCAACAAAGCGUGUCUACUAUUCUCCAAGACUAUAAAAUUUGGAGAUCAAAAAACCUUCAAUCACAUCAGCUAGGAGUUCUCACUGAAAUAUUACAUGGUCUAGAGAUUUAUUUCGAUAGAUCUGUAAGUUUACUUUUGUUGUACAAGUACGAAAACUUGCAGUACUUGGACUUAUUGAAAAACAACACCAUAACGCAAGAGCAUAGUCAGGCUAAAGUUUACGGAGUAGAACAUCUACUAAGAUUGCUAGUGUCUUUACCGGGACUAAUCAGUCAAACAACGAUGGAUGCACUAAGUACUAAUGUCUUGGUGCUGGAGGUGGAGGAGUUGUUGAAGUUUUUGAAAGACAGGAUGAGUGAUUAUCAAAAUGAGUAUGUAUAUACCAGCCCGCAGUAUGAUAGUUUAGCCAUGUCGUAA